GUUUACGUACCAACUCAAUCCCACUUCCUAGUCCUUUUAUACACUGCAUCGCCUUCGAUGUCCUGGCGUCAACCAGCAACCAAGUAGCUAUUUAAUCGGAUGUAGCUAGUCAGCAGCCCCCCAAUUGUUCCGUAUCAGCGUGCUGAUCUCGUCUAAGAAUUGACGGCUAGUCCGCAGAUUGCUUAUAUACCAGCCACCUGCAGCUAAGACGACAUCAUGAGAGCCCCGUACUGCCUAACCUUGGCUACAGUCCUUGCCUCUCCUACAUUCGCGGCUCCCAUGAGAUACGAGGUAUCCCAACAAUCUCCAUACUUGACACGCUUCAGAGAGGCAGAUACUGGAGGAGGGAUAGCACUGUACAUGAAAAGGAUAUCCGGUUCCCUCCGGGGAGCCCGUGUUCCUUCCUACUUGAGCCCUUCCGAGAGGCCUGACGAAGAUGUAUUCCAUGCCCGGGCUCUCGAAGAUACAGUGUUCAUUUCUGUUCGUCCGACGCACGUUGGAACGCAGAAAUUCAUAGUCGGUAACCAGAUAUUAGGUAUCGCAGAGGGUCCUCGAACUCUGACACCUUUGCUCAUUGCAUCCUUGCAUGAUCAGUCCCGACCCUCGUUUGGGCGAGAACAGGGAUUGGAAGAGUUGCCGCCUCCUUUCUAUUGAGGAGGGCGCAAGAGCCAUAUAAUCAUGUGAUCCGCUUAGCCAUGUCGACCCCAACUACGUCGUGAAGCGUCGACCGUUAUGACAGACAGAUGGUGUGGAAAAGAAGGAAAGAUGCGGUGAAAUAAAAAAAGGACCCCUUUUAUAAGCACGGACACGGGCGGGCGGCUGUCGCUAUCAAUGUUGCUUGACACUCCAUGAUCCCGCGGCGUUGUGCAAGAUCUCCCAUCUUCAGAUUACCUUGUGGUUGUUCUUUUUCCUCAUUAACGUACGAUGACAAAAUCUUUUACAUGAUAAUAUGGAUAUAGGACUCAGACCCACAAACCUCCUUACAGUGCAUUCCAACGUAGUUGCAAUAGCACGCGUUCGUCAUAGGCAGAGAUGAUGUUCGGGCUCAGAACACCUAAAGUAGUAGAGGAA